CGCCACGAAAAUUAGCGUGUUGAUGAGAGUUGUCACAAACACAGUGUGCAGAUUUGUGUCUGAGCGCAAAAAAUCAAGGAAGAAGCCGAAGCCAAUUGUGAUGCUUGAUCCAGACAAGAUUAAGGACGACAAAGAUGAAAAGGACAAAGAUUCGGGCAUAAGAACAAUCAAAACGCAGUUACGUCCCAUUCUUCGUCCGGACUACAGCGACUUGUUGAUUGACAUCACCGACAGAUCAAUAAUGGCAACGAAAAUUUGUGCACUUGCCUCGCAGUUGUUCCUAAUCCGUUGUGAGCGCGCUUUCGACGACAAUGACCAAGCAUUUUUUGAACAGAAUGUCGAAAAGGUGAUUCGGUCGUGUUUUUUUGUGUCCUUAAGAAAAAUAUUUACAAGAAGAAGAAAAUGCCGCCGGAAUUUCGUAAAAUAUGCAUCAGCUGGACGAUAGCCAUCGAGUGGUUUGGUCCAACGCAGACUGUUUCGGCAACGGAAUGAAUGAUAUAUUAGAUCCGUACGUAACGAACGUAAAAAACAACUUGAAGACGCAUAGCAAGAAACACUUGCGCGAAUGGCUGCGGGUAAAAGUGUUCGAUUCUUCGUUGGUUGUUCGAUACGAAGAGGCUGACAUCGACCGUGUGAUUAGUUUGGCAAUUUAUGGCAAUGACGAUAUUGAAAUCAAUGGCAUGGAUGAUGUUGCCAAACGUGAGCGGCGUACGUUGUUGAUGAAAAUGGUCACGGACAACAGUUGGUGGGACAUACCAGACAACAACAUCGGCCGAAUCACAAAUGGGGAGAACUGGUUCAAGAGCAUCGCAUUCUGGAUUUCCCUCCAGCGGAAAAUUGAUGAUUUCAACACCUGCGAGGAAUAUCGUGAAGAACGCCGAUGCCAACGCGAAGAGUUUGAAGAGCUGAAACGAUGCCGACGUCGAAAUCAACGUCCGUGCACUUGCCAGCAGCCAGUUGAUCGAGGCCAAAAUGGAAAUGAGUACAUUGAGAAAGGGCCGCCGAGAGUGAAAAAUCUGGCAGUGAUUCCCGAUGAUACGAAGCUACAAAAAGUGUCCUGGUUGUGUGGUUAA